AAAUAGUGAUAAAGAUGUUUUGAUUUGCUCGAAGUUUUAUUUACCAACGAAUGUGAAUAAUGUUAAAUCGACUGGACUUUUUCUAAUAAAAUCAGAAAGAAUUUUCAUUGGAAAAUGGUGAUUUAUGGUGUUUACAUAGUGAGCAAAUCUGGAGGAUUAAUUUUCAACCUGGAUCACAACGUACCAAAAAUAGAAACAGAAAGGACAUUCAGUUAUCCACUGGAAAUUAGUUUGGAGUAUGAACCAAAGAAAGUAACCGUGGCAUUUGGACAAAAGGAUGGAAUCAACGUUGGUCACGUUCUCAUCAGCGUGAAUGGCAUUCUGACUAACGGAUCGGUCCUAGAGGAUGGACGUGACAUUAAAGAGCUGAUCGAAAAUCAAGACAACUAUCCGCUGACUUUGAAGUUCAGUCGCCCAAAAAUGACCACCAACGAGAAAAUAUUUCUGGCCAGUAUGUUCUAUCCACUGUUCGCCAUUGCCAGCCAGCUCAGCCCGGAGCCGAAAAGCAGUGGGAUCGAAGUGUUGGAAGCGGACACAUUCCGGCUUCAUUGCUUCCAGACCCUUACGGGGGUUAAGUUCAUGGUGGUCGCGGAAAAUAUCCAAUCGGGAAUGGACAUCUUGCUGAGGAGAAUCUACGAACUGUACGCUGAUUAUGUGCUGAAGAAUCCUUUCUACUCGCUGGAGAUGCCUAUUAGGUGCGAGUUGUUCGACGUGAAUCUGCAGGCGUUGUUGGAACAGGUUGAAAAAAAUGGUAUUGCUAGCAUAUAGAGACUAUCGGAAUAAAAAUUAAACGUACAGUUUUGUUUUACUCA